AUGGAGGAGUCGGAAAAAUUUGCGAUGACGGUGUGGCGGAGCAGCGAGAGCGCGGUGCCGGAGCCCAGUUUUCCGUGGCCGCCGCUCCGACGUCUCGUCCAUUCCGUGUUCGGCGUCGCACCGCACUUGGUCACGUUCAUGGCGUCCGGCGUUAUGGUAAUACCAUUACGAGCUCCCCUUUUUCGAACCACGACCAGGGGUGUGCGGAAAAUAUUUCGAUUUUCUGAAAUUUUCCGAUUUUCCGAGAAAUUUUCGGAAAAUUAGUGUGGAUUCAAGGUCAAUUUGUCCGAAACCACCGUAUGCUUUUUAAAGGCGCAUCACAAAAUUUUUGGAAGGGUCUAGCAGCGAGCGUCUUUUUAAAUUUGAUUUUUAAAUUUUACGCAAUUUCUUUCGAAAUAUUCCAUUGCUUCGCUUCCGCCCACUCAAGUGAUUUCAAAUCAUAAUAAGCAUUUUUUUGUAUUAGAACGUUGCUUAAACACUUUAUUGAACCAAUGAACAAGUGAGUUUUCCGAUUUUUCCGAUUUUUCUGAAAUUUUCCGAAAAAAUAAAUUCGGAAAACCCGAUUUUCCGAAAUUUUCCGAAAAAAAAAAUUCGGAAAAACCGAUUUUCCGAAAUUUUCCGAAAAAAAUUUUCCGCACACCCCUGACCACGACUCUUUUCAUCUCCCCCCAUUUCGUUUGUAGGCAGUCAAUCGGCACUGUUUUGUCGAGUGCCAAGUCGUCGGCGACCGGAUGCCCGGAGCACAGGACUCUAUUGAAAUUCCGGACCACUCGGACGGCGGCAAGCCGUUUCAAAUCAUUCGCGAACUGCUCACCGAGCUCCACGUGCAAAAGAUGUACGAGUUUAAGGUGUCGAAGGCGAACAAUUUGUCCGGACAAUUUGCGCUGAUUUCAGUGGCGGUGGCCAUGUGGAAAGCGAUCCAAUCGUUUGAACGCGAUGUUGGUAAGAGUUACAGGGGUGUCUGGGAGGUCCGCACUUGAAAAUGGGCCCAGUUUUGAGGGAGCUAGCAGACAUUAUUAUAAUUUUCUGAUUUCUAGCUUUAGUUAGUUACAGUUUCAACGCUUCCAUUUCAAUUCGAACACCCAAUCUUCCGAGUUUCGCUGUUUACCUCCAUGUUACUAUUCUCUCUUUCCAGCCAACGAAUCCGCUCUGAAGACGAUUCUCGACGAGCUUCUGACCAAACACAACGUGGAUAUUCCGUGCAAAACGGCGUCAAUCAAUGCCGCCCUUUCCGGAAGUGUUUGCUUCAUUCAUUUGAACACGGGACCCGAAGAUCCGGCUGAUCGAAGGUACGCUUUUUUCGGAAAAUGUUUGCGGUUUCUUCAAGUUGCCUUAACUUCUCAUGAAUUCUUUUCAUUCAAUAUAAUUAACUAAUCGAUUUUAACUUAAAGCUUAAAUUUUAAAUCGAUAAUCUGAAACUUUUUUUUUGUUUUUCCGGGUUUUUCGCUCAAUCUUCGGUUUGCGCGCUGAAAAACAAAUAGAAAGAGAUGGCUCAAAGUGUGCGAGUUACAGAAAGUUCUCUUUUUCAAAGUAAUGCGAAAAAUCCAAAACUUCUUAUUUUCAUUUGUUUUUUUUUGCUGAAUUUUGAAAGUUUCAGAUUAUCGAUUUUUUGGCGUCACGGCACAGAAAACAUCAUAAAUGUUUUUAAAUAUUGCAAAUAAGUGUGUUCAGUGAAAAAACGAUUGAAAAUUUAAGAAAAUUGCACGAAAACGGAAAAAAAAUCGAAAGAAAGGGGAAUUUCAUCCGGGGACUAGAAACAUCUAGGCCAGCUCUUCCAUUUCGCCGUGUACUUCUCUCGGUACCAUUAACUUUUUUGAAAAAAUCUUAAAAAUCGGGAAAUUUUUUUCGUAAUUCGGGACUUUGGGAAAGUGAAUGCCCCACUUCGAAGUUUAUUUUAAAAAUAUGUUGUAUGUCACGUUGGACACCACCUUUAACAAUAUAAUCGAUUUGGAGAAGGAACAGACGUUCAUUAAAUAAACUAUAUCUCUAUGGAAAAUAGAGAUACAUUUGUUUGAAAGCACAAAUGCAAAACAAUGCAAUAUUAGGCUCAAAUCAUCCGUAUAUUGCAGUCUGGUCGAUGCUCAAGAAUUCUACGACAAGUACGAUUUGCUGUUCAUCCGCACCUCGCUGCACCGUUCCGAAUUCCAACCGAGUCGAUCUGAGAGCCGGGAAAUCCGCGACGCGCUUCACCUCAGCUUCUUCUACGAAUCGUUCGACGAGGAGUCGGACGUGCGACCGGAUUCCGAUUUCACGCCCGCAGUCAUCACCGCGCAUUCGAAGGCGCGCAUGAGUCGACCGGACAACCGAAAGAACUUGACGGCGGCCGAAAUUGCGAGCGAUUCGGGAUUGCGGAGUGUGUGGGGCGAGUUGGAGCAGGAGAUCGAGGGGUUCGAGGUGCAGCAGGGUGGCAAUCUUGUGAUUUUGAAGAAGAAGACGGUCGAGGAACUGCUCGAGAGAGAGGAUUUCGACGAUGCGCCGAGUACGAGCGGGAAGGUGACGAUUAAGGAGGAGGACGAGCAGUUGUACAAGGCCAUCGCGGUCAGUUUUUGUGCUCCUCUAGCUCUUUGGAAGACGUUUGUUGCUUUUUCAGAACUCGAUCCACGCUCAAAUCGAAGACGCCGCCCACGUCUCGAUCACAUUUACCCCUUUGAGACCUUCCGGAGGUGUCCGAUCGUACCCGACAUCGAAAGUUCCACCAAUGAGCACUGUGGAGAGUGUGACGAUCCGGUACGCGCCAAAAAACUAA